CGCAGAAAAAGUUAAUGUGAACCCCGCAGAUCCACUACAAAUAAUACUAAUUCUAGCGAAACACAACGGACCUGGCGACGUAAUCACCUGUCCAAACUCAUCCACCCCAGCAUCAAAUGCCAUCGAUAUCUUGUCAAUGAUUUUUUGAUCACCACGGCAGUAUCAAUUUAGUCAAUACCGUAUGCCCACUCUCAAAAACAAUCCAGCCGUUCUAAAAAAAAUCUAGGUCGAUAGACAUGGCGUCCACUCCAGGCGUCGCCACCCCUCUGGUGGAUGAGGACAAGAGCCUGGCUUCCGAGAUCUCCGGGCUGGAAGAGAGCCUGGCCAGCAUCGCCACCGCCCACGAAAAGUACCACGAGUCGCUGGCUGCGGCAACCGACCGUCUCGACACGGUCAUCGAGGAGCAUGUGUCUAGUGUACUGCCGCCUCUGCGCGAGCUCAUCGCCGCUGCCCGGUACUUUUGGGCCGGCAUGAUUGAUGCCCAAGCCGAUCAGGUCGUGGGCGAGGGCGAGGGCGACCAGCCCGACGAGGAGGAUGUCGAGCGGGCGCUGCGCGAAAUCGAAAAGUCGGUCGCCGUCUUGGACUCGGCCUGCGAGACGGGGUUGCGGCUGCUGACCGACGACGACCUCGGGGCGAGCAUCAAGACGUCGCGCGUCAGGGCCACCGGUGCGUACAAUGCCGCCUUUGGGUUCUGGAAAGACUGCGAUUCGCGCCGGAUCCCCGAGGCGAGGCAGCUGCUCGAGGCCAACAUGCAAACCAUCGCGGCGCUUGAGAAAAAGGCCAAUGCCGCAAAUUCUGCCAGAGACAAUGAUUUGUCCAGCAUUCCAUCAGAAGACGACACGCUUGGCUACAAACCCCUCAGCACCGCAAAGGCCGCUCGCAAAGGCGCUGCGAUUAUCGACGGGUCUGUGGUCCAGUCGCAAGUUCGGAGCGACAUGAAGGAGGCGCUUACCGAGCACCAAACUCUGGCCCAAUCAGUGACGAAGCUUGUCUGCCAGGGAACCCACCUCAAGCUGCUUCGCAACGAGCUGCGAGGACAAGAUUUGCUUGGCACAAUCUGCGAGCAGAGACUAAAGACCAUUGUCCGCAACCUCGAGAGGGGCAGAGCGGCAGCUACAUCCAUCAUUGAUGUUGUCAAAAAGAUCCUCGGCAAGCUCGAAUUCAUCGAUGCCAAGGAUGAGGGCGACUUUCCCGUCGAGGACCUGCUCGGCCUUUCCGCUCGUCUGAUCGUUCAUUUGAGGCACCAUAGCACCGAGGAGCGUUGGGCUCUUUCACAAGACCUUGUUACGUCGCUGAAGGGCCAGGGCAACGGCCAAGGCCAGGGGCUACCGUUGCCCUUGUCUGUCACAGAGAUCCUGAGCCAGAUAGAAAGUCCUCGGCCUAACAACGACAACCGGGGAACGCCGAAAGCUAUACCGAAUCGACCGGCCGAGGCGGAUCAAAAUCGCUGUGCGCCCCUGCCCUCGACGGAGCGACGAGCACCUGGGGGUCUCGAUGCCCUGGCCCCUAUGCCCUACCAAGAAGAACCAGCCACACCUCCACCGCCGCAGCUGCAGAUCAUGGGCGCUUCAUGGGCCGGCAAGGACGUAACGGCGACCCUGGCAAGCCGCGUCAAGGACAACAAGCUCGUCAUCAACAUGCACAACAUCCACACCAUCUUGGGCGAUCCGAUGCCUUACAAGUACAAGAUCCUGACGGGUCUAUACCGCUACGGCGACCGCGGCGAGGAGCGGCUGUUCAUCAUCAGCGAGCAGCUGCCGCUCUUCUCCUCGAGCGUCUUUGUCAUCUCGCCGCCCAAGGACAACCACCCCAGCAACCGCCUGUCGAUCCCCGUGGCUAACAACGUCUGGCAAGACCCGAGCGGCGGGUUCGAGAUCGUCGCGGUGACGUACGGUCCCCGGCACGUGCGGAACGAAGCGGUCCUGGCCGACUUUGCAGACUACUUUGCGGGGCGAAAGGGGCGGAUGGUGCCGGACAAUGGUUUCUUUAGGGGUGACCCGUGGCCUGGCCAAGACAAGACCUGGACCGUGUUUGUGAGGUUUGCUGGCAGUGGCAGGGGGAUCACCACUGUUGCUGGGUUGGAGGGGAGAGGCCUCGAGAAUCCGUGGGCAUCUUUGUAGGGAAUCGCUGGUAUUAUUAAUGAGAUUUGUUCUACGCCGUGAGUCGCUUUUAUGCUGGACUAGAACCAGACUAGUCUAGAACUAGAACUAAUCUCGGUCUAGGCCUCAGGCGUAUCCAAGUGCCAUGUGAUAUGGAGCGGGUAGGCUGGGGAAGAAGAUCCCCUCGACAUAUCAUCCCAUUAUCCACAUAAAUUCAAAUCCCUUCACAAUCAAUCUGUCCUUAUAAACAGAUUCAAGAUGCUCUGCGGCGAGUGCCUUGACUUUGCGCGAAAUCCUGCAAUUCUUAAUGCCCACUUUGGUUGUACGCUCAAAUCAAGCUGG